UCUCUCGCUCUCUCUCUUUCUCUCUCUCGCCGGAAAUAUGGCAACGACGGCCCAGCUCCGCUAUUCUCCACUCCCCAACCAUCACAGAAUUGCCCGAAAACGUCACUUUCGCGGUGAAGCUUCACUCUUUCCGUCUAUAUUUUCCCCAUUUCACUCCACAAACACCUCAGCAAACCUCUCCCUCACUCCCCUCCAGCUCAGAGCUUCAAGUACUAGUUCCGCCUCAAAACUAGAACUUUCUGGCGACGGCGGAAAUUAUGGUGGUGGAAUUGGCCGCGGUACUGGUGGUGGCGGUAGUGGUGAGGGGUGGAGUUCCGGCGGAAGCAAAGAUGGAGAUUCCAGCUGCGAUUCGGGGUUCGGAAUUUUUGGGCUGUUCUUGAAUGGGUGGAGAUCUAGGGUUGCUGCAGAUCCGCAGUUUCCCUUUAAAGUUUUAAUGGAGGAGUUAGUUGGUGUUAGUUCUUGCCUUCUUGGAGGCAUGGUGGCUCGGCCCAAUUUCGGUCUUAAUGAACUUGAUUUCGUGUUCUCCACUGUCGUCGUCGGAUCGAUUCUUAAUUUUGUUCUCAUGUAUCUGUUAGCACCUACGAUGUCAUCUUCUUCAUCUACUCUCCCUGCUAUCUUCGCGAAUUGCCCACAGAGCCACAUGUUUGAGCCUGGAGCUUAUGGUCUUCUCGAUCGGUUUGGGACUUUUGUUUAUAAAGGAAUAGUUUUUGCCGCUGUAGGGUUCGCAGCUGGACUCGUUGGAACGGCAAUUUCUACUGGGUUGAUUAAGUUGAGGAAGAAGAUGGAUCCGAGCUUUGAGACACAGAAUAAGCCUCCACCAACGUUGCUGAGUGCUUUUACUUGGGCGCUUCAUAUGGGUUUGAGCAGUAAUGUUAGGUACCAAACAUUGAAUGGGAUGGAGUUUUUGCUGGCGAAAGGGCUGCCUCCUGUGGCUUUUAAGAGCUCAGUGGUAGUUUUGAGGUGUUUGAAUAAUGUUCUUGGUGGAGUUUCGUUUGUGGUGUUGGCGAGGUUGACUGGAGCACAGAAGAGCGAAAAGACUGUGGUUUCUGUGUCGGAGACAGGUUCGGCUGGAGAGAAGGUGAAGCUGUUAGAGGGGGGGGGGGGGGGGUGAGGAUUUGCAGAGCAGCGAAUCCACUUGUAAGUGAUUAGUUCAUCUUCAUGGGUUUUUCCUCUUAAGAUAAUGAUAGGGUUUCCUUCUUUCUUUUUUUCCCUUUCAAUGUAGUAGGGGAACAUAGCACUCAUUUAGAUUAGGUUUUCAUUGAGGGAUGGGUUCUGAUGGGUUUCUCUAUUUUUGUGUAAUUUGAAGUUACACGCAUGAGUGAAUUUUUUUUCUGGGCCCUAAUUUCCUUCUUUGUGAGCUGAUGGAUUAAUCUAUUUCCAUACUUUUGUUUGUG